UAAAAUUAUUAUCUUCUUCCCACCUCAUUGUAUAAAGAUGAAGUUCAUAUGACGACUAACAGAGAUCGGGGCCUUGGCCCUAGUAAUGAUCAUUAGCAAAGUACUAUGCCAGUGCGGAAAUGGAGCCAUUGACGCAGGAGAAGCUUGCGAUGAUGGAAAUGCUGUUAUCAGUGAUGGAUGCACAAAUUGUAAUAUUGAUACUGGAUACACUUGUGCUGGAGCCCCUUCAGUUUGUGCUAACACUUAUCACUGAGGAGACGGAGUACUCGAGGCUGGAGAAGCAUGAGAUGAUGGAAACUUAUUGUCCAACGAUGGCUGAGAGAACACAUGCCAACUCUCACCAGGCUGGACUUGAAACACUGCAUCUCCUAAUGUCUGCACUGAAGUCUGUGGUGAUGGCUACGAUUUCGGAACACUUGGAUGAGAUGACAACAACACUCUUUACUUAGACGGAUGAUCUGAAACAUGCACUGUUGAUGCUGACUUCCAAUGAGGCGGAGGAACCUCCAGCAAUCCGGAUGAUUGCUUUGAGAUCAAUGGAGAUGGAAGAGACUAUGGCUGGUUUGCAUGUGAUGACGGAAACAAGUCUCCUAAUUGUGAUGGCUGAGACAGGGAUGGAAAUAUCCUACCAGGGUAUCUCUGUAACGCAGGCACUCCCAUCAAUCCGGACAGAUGCUGGACAGAAUGAGGUGACGGGCUCAGAGUUUGUGCUGAAGUAUGUGAUGAUGGAAACAAUAAUCCCGGGGAUGGCUGUUCAGAUGUCUGAGUAGUAGAAGCUGGCUACACCUGUGAUGGAGGUAACUUCUGGAGAGCUGACUAUUGAUAUGAAAUUUGAGGAGAUGGUCUAGAUAUAGGAUUCUAUGAUUGAGAUGAUGGCAAUCUUGUUAAUGGUGAUGGAUGAGACGACUCUUGUGUUAUAGAAUUAGGAUAUACUUGUACAGGGGGUACAGCCGCAUCUGCAGAUACUUGAACUGAGAUAUGUGGAGAUGGUAUUGACUUGUUCAAUUAUCCUUGAGAUGAUGGUAAUCUAGUCAAUGGAGAUGGAUGUGAUGCAACCUGAAAUAUUGAACCUGGAUGGGAUUGUCAGUACGGAACAAGAGAUUGGCACGAUGAAUGCUGGCAUUGGCAUAAUAAUCCUGCGAUUGUGGGGUAUGAGAUAAAUAAUGAGUCCAUGGUAUCUCUUUAUUUCAAUGCUUCUGUGGAAAUACCUACGGAUUGGAAUGAUUUCACUGAUAUAAAGAUUGAGAUUCAUGGGCCAAGGACUGAGCAAAACUAUUAUCUUACAAGAUAUUUUUCUCUGAGGAACAAGACAACUGCUCUAAUGGCUCCAAAUCACUCUAAAGUGUGGAACAUUGAUAUAGCUUAUUCGCCGCAUAUACAGUUCUUAGGUGAUGGAGUCGAGAAUAUUACGAUAACUAUUACUGAUAGACGAAGAGUUACACAUAAUCAGUAUGGCUUCGUGUUGAUUAAUAAUAAAGCAUAUGCUAAAUUAGAACAUCCUACAGAGAAUGAUCGAUCAUGAGGGAUGGAAGGAUGGUGGAAGGUUGCAUAUUGGCUUUAUAUUUCAUUGGUGAUCAAUAAUUUCUCUUUCUUCUUACUUGGAGCUAGUCUUUGGCAUACAAUUGGAAUUACAAUGUCAUUACAAAUGAUCAUUUAUUAUCCAAUGAUGCAUAAUUACCCUCCAUCAUGUCUUUCUCGAUUCUUCCAAGAUUUUCAAGUGACUAUUGGGAAAAUGGAGUGGUUCAAUAUUCAAGAAUUCGUUCUCGGAACAAAGCCAGAAGAUUUAGUGAAAGAUGGUUCCACUAAUUAUAGAUUUGAAAGGCAAAAUUUUGUCAGAUAUAACAUGCUUUAUAAUGCAGUUGAGGUUAUAUUUAUCUGGGUAAUUGCAUUAAUAGCUUGUGUUGCUGUCUUCCUUCUCAGAAUUUUAUGUCUUAACAACUCUCUUAUUGCAAGCUAUGAGAAGCGUUUCAGAUGGGAAAUCACUGUUAAAGGAUUUAUCUUGGUGUAUCAACAUGUAAUGACUUGCUGACUUUUGAACAUCAGACAUCCCCAGGGCUCACCUAAGAUUUAUGCAACUGCAACUGCAUUAUCAAAUAUUAUCUUCAUAACUUUCUUAGUUUUGUAUGCAUUAAUGGCUAUUCUGCUUCUUUAUUUUAAAACUUUAGGACCAAAAGCUAAAUCAAAAUGGUUCUGCAAAGGGCUUCUCAGAGACAUAGAUACUUCACAUAUUUCAAAAUACAUGUACUACCUUGUCUAUCUGCUUAAAAAGACCAUAUUUGCCUUCACUUUCGCCUUUGCACAUGAUUGGGGGCUUGUUCCUUACAACAUUACUGCUGUAUUUGUGAUAUUCUUUCCACUAAUGUAUUUGAUUUACGCUAGGCCGUUCAGUCACAGAUUGACUAACAUCCAUAUGAUAUAUAACGAGCUCAACGAAAUGCUGAUAACCUCUAUGUACUUCAACUACUUUGACCCUCACCUAACAGAUUGGGAGUUUUACAUGUACGCAAGGAUUACCGUCAUCGAUAUUGCUAUAUGGGUGGUUGUCUCUUACAUAAUCUUCUUACUCUCUUUGCCUAGAUUCUGUAAGAUAAAGUGACCGAAGAGAAAGCCUAAGAUCUAUCUCCCUGACUACGAAGAAGAGAUUCAGCAGGAGCUUGAUUCUCCUAUUAGCAGUGAGCACGACUUCAUUAUUGAGGCUGCCCAUGUUGAUGUCAAAGAAGCUAAUAGAAGACUAGACAGUUUCUCAAGCGAUGAUAAGGAAGAAGGUGAAAGAGAAGUCCUGGAUGAUGAUCUUGAUGAAGAUCUUGAGGACCUUGAAAGAGAUGAUAAUGCUGAGUUAUAAAAGAAUAAGAAUUUCAAUAUGA